UUUUUUCCCCUUCACGCUUUGUCUUUAGAGCCCGGUGCCGGGGUCGCCUCCUGGGACCUCAGCGAUUUCCGCUUCUGCGCGUCCCGCGUUAAGUCUAGCCCGCCGCGUGGGCGAGUGUCUAGAGCCCAGGACCCCGAGCGCAGGACGCCGAGCCGGGCGACCGCACACUUCACUCCCCGGGAUCCACGGAAGCUGGGGAGCGCCUGCGGGACUCCAUUUCCCAGCGCGCCGCGCGGGGAUGCCUAGACGUUGCCGCGGAUAUCAAGCAGGGCUCCGCCCACGCGGGACGGGAACUGCGCUUCCCAGAAGCCGCCGCGCGUGCGUCCGCAGCGUGCACUGGGCCUAUGAGGACUUUCGGGGGCUGGACUUCCGGCGUCCCGGACUGUCACUUUGCUACCGGGCGUUGGGCCACACCGGUAUUGGUGAACUGGAGCGCCGCGAGCCCCCAGGCCGGUUUCUUAGAAGGUUUGGAGGCCCGAGGCGAGGGCUGGGAGGAAGACCCGAGCGGUGGACCGUCUCGCGCACGCCCUGAUUGCGGGCGACGGUCGCGCCCCGAGCCUAGGCUUCUCCGUGAGGAGCCUGGGCCGCUCCGCGGGGCUGUGGGGCGGCGCCCCGAGUCACGUGCUGUCCGACCCCGGGACGGCGGGGGAGGCGGCGCCCUGAGCGACCCUGCCUUACACGGCCCGGGAGGCUGAGACCAGGAGCCGGCGAGUCCGUGUUGUCCGUCUCUUUCUGCGAGUCCCCGAGUACAGGUUCUGAUGGCGACCGCGGCGCUGACAGACCGGGCCCAGGGCCUGAUGGCCUUUGAGGAUGUGGCCGUGUACUUCUCCCAGGAGGAGUGGGAGCUCCUGAACGCAGCCCACGUGAUGUUAGAGAACUUCCACGUGAUGUUAGAGAACUUCGCGCUUGUGUCCUCGCUGGGACUCUCUGCCUCACGACCCCGGGUGGUCCUGCAGCUUGAGCGUGGCGAGGAGCCCUGGGUUCUCAGCGGGACAGUUGUGACACCAGCCAGGAAUGCUCAGAGAAAGCCCAGCCCUGGUCCCUGUCAUCUGGCAUAUGACAAGGUUGUUCCUGAAGCAGCUUUGCCAGUGACCUUCCAGAAUGGCUCCCUUCCAGCACCUACCUUCACAGGCACCUGCGAACGUGGGAAAAGCUCAGUGGGUUGGCAGGGCACCUCCCUCUCUCAGGAGAAAAAGUCCACAGGCGUGUCGGUAAUCUAUUGGGAAAGGCUCCUGCUGGGUCCUGGCAGCGGGGAAGCCAAUGUCAGUCUGCGGUUAACCUCUCCCCUGAGGACUCCUGAGGACAGCCCGCCUAGGGAGAAAGCCCUCAUGAACCGCCCCAUGCCAGACGAGCAGCCGAGGCCAUGUGGGGGCCAGAAGCCAUUUGGGCAGGAUGGCCCUGGAAGAGGCUGCCCCAAAAUUCCAGAAUUUGAGGCCGGUCUCACCUCUGGGGAAAGAGAAAAGGGUGGAACUAGCCUCAAGCCUCAUGGACUCCCUGCUAGCCAAGAGCCCCCCACCUGGGAUCAGCUGGGCAAGGCCCUCCACACAGGCCCCAGCUUCCUCUCCGGGGAGAAGCCCUUCGAAUGCAGGGCGUGCACCAAAGUGUUUCUGAAGAGCUCCGACCUGCUCAAGCACCUGCGCACCCACACCGGAGAGCGGCCAUACGAAUGCUCUCAGUGUGGCAAGGCCUUCAGCCAGACAUCACACCUGACGCAGCACCAGCGCAUCCACAGCGGUGAGACGCCCUACGCGUGCCCGGCCUGUGGCAAGGCCUUCAGGCACAGCUCCUCGCUGGUGCGGCACCAGCGCAUACACACCGCUGAGAAGUCCUUCCGCUGCGGCGAGUGCGGCAAGGCCUUCAGCCACGGCUCCAACCUCAGCCAGCACCGCAAGAUCCACGCGGGCGGGCGGCCCUACGCAUGUGCUCAGUGCGGCCGCCGUUUCUGCCGCAACUCGCACCUGAUCCAGCACGAGCGCACGCACACGGGUGAGAAGCCUUACACCUGUGCCCUCUGUGGUGCCGCCUUCAGCCAGGGUUCCUCCCUCUUCAAGCACCAGCGCGUGCACACGGGCGAGAAGCCCUUCGCCUGCGCACAGUGUGGCCGCGCCUUCAGCCACAGCUCUAACCUCACGCAGCACCAGCUGCUGCACACUGGGGAGCGGCCCUUCCGCUGCGGGGACUGUGGCAAGGCUUUCGCCAAGGGCGCGGUGUUGCUCAGCCACCGACGCAUCCACACGGGCGAGAAGCCCUUCGUGUGCGCACACUGCGGCCGUGCCUUCCGCGAGCGCCCGGCCCUCUUCCACCACCAGAGGAUCCACACGGGAGAGAAGCCCGUGCGGCGGCCUCGGCGUGGGGCGGGCCUGUGCCCCCAGGCCAGGCCUUCUUCAGGGGCACCGUCCGAGGGCACGCCGGGCAGAGUGGCUGGGCCCACUCCCACCUCAGGCCCGCCGGCAGUUUCGAAGCCUGCUGACGCCUGAGCUCACAGCUCCAGCCUCCCCCGCGCUGUGGGAAAAUGCCCUUGUCCCCUGCACAUUCUGGAGAAGCCCUGUGCGUGCCCGGUGGUGCCGUCUGCACACGGUGACGAUAUUUGCCAUUUCGGCAGCAGCUCACUCCCACUCUAAGAGAUCUGACUACAGAAGGAUCAGGGGGAUGGACGUGGAGGCUGGGACUUUGGUGGGCAGAGACUGGGCAAUCAGAGUGCCGCUUCAUUCAGGCCUGUUAUGACUGUGAGCACUCGGGUGAGGAGGGGAAGGCUGGAAUGUUGGGGAGGCAGUCCCAGAAAUUUCUGACGCCCGCGCACAUACGGCCAACAGGCUGACCCUCAGGAUAUUCUCUCAAGACCUCGGUUCAUCAGAGGCUUCUGGGAGCAGGCCCAGUGGACAGUAAGUCAGGUUGGGGUCUGGUGUUGGCCUUGGGCUCUGAGCCUCAGUUUCCACCUCUGGGGAAAAGACAGGAAGAGAGAGGGAGAGAGAUUCAGGCUACAGAGGGUAUUUGCAGCCCCGUGACAAGCGGGAUCUCGAUAAGGGCCAACAUGGGCCAACUGCCAGCCCUGUGAGAUGGCUACCAUGGCUGGUAUCCCCACUUCUCAGUUGAGGAAACUGAGGCAGAGAGUGGGAGUGUGCUGCUGCAGAGCAGAGCCCGGGACUGAAAUCCAGGCCACAGGCCCAGCUCCUCUCUCUGCCCCCACGCUCGGCACUCGUGCUCUAGUCUGCCAGUGUGAAGGCUGGGCGAUGCCAGGCCUGGCUUCCUGCACAUGGCAGUCCCACAGGACGUGGAGGAAGUAGAGGUGGAGGUCCCUGGGGUGGGAGGAGGGAGACGAACAUCACUGUGUUCCUUCAGGUUUCACCCAGGCCUCAGCCCUGGCCACGCCCUGUUGUUACCAAAGUCACCAUUACAGGGGUGUUUAUAUCCCCGCUGCCCUGGUGACAGGUGACCACGAUAGCAGGCUGGAGGAGACCAGAUGGGACUGCUUGUUUCUGCAGGGUCAGUGGGCAAGUGCCCACCUGUUCUCUUCCCUCAGUUGGAAAGAGGAUUUGCUGUCACCUAAGGCCACGUGUGUGUGAUGCCCUCCCAUCGUGGGACACCUCCACGUGGCUGGGACACGUGGUGGACUGGGGCCCACGUUUCUCCCUGUGGCCCUCAGCAGAGCAGGCCCUGUCUUGACCUCAGGCCUCACCCCUAGGGAUGUCAGUGGUCUCUUUUCUUGGGAACAAAAAAGAAAAGACCAAAAAUUAUAAGUUGGAGUGGAUGUACAUUGUGUAAAUCCCUGCACAGCACUGUGGAAAUCCACAACCUCAGUCUCUCCUCCCAGCCUCUAGUCAUGGUUCAGAAGGGUUUAACAAUAACAUCUUUUUUUUUUUUUUUUUUUUUUAAGUUUAUUUAUUUAGGUGAUCUCUACACCCAACAUGGGGCUUUAAGUCACCACCCCAAGAUCACGAGCCAGCCAGGUGCACCUAACAACACAAUUUAAGUAUGAUCAUCACAGAACUUUGAAGCCUUGGCUUCAAUUCAUGUCCUUUUGAGAGUCCAAAGGGUAGAGAUGAAAUUUGCCUAUUUCCCAGUGAGGUGCUAGGACGUGUCUUCUUGGCAACCAGAGGUGUGUGGGGGCGGGGGGAGUGUUCUAGGAGACUUGGGCAAGGUGGACAUCGUGAGGCUACCCCAAGUCUCAGCUCUACCAGGGGAGGAGUCUAUGGAUCCAGGCCUGGGAAUCUGAGGCAAGGUGGUUCUGUAGUCCCAUCACCUGCAAGGUCUGGCAGCCAUCUGCCACACAGAGUGACCACAGACAUGACAUUUCCCUCACUCCCCACCUGCCAACAGUUUCAGACCCAUCUUCCACUUCUGGAGCCUCACAAGUCCUACAAGGAGGGGAGGUAGGGUGGCAGGGAGAGCUGUCUUGCAGCAUCUGGCUCUCCGAGAUCCUUGGAGUGCAAGGCCACUGAAGUAAGCCUCCUGGUACCCUGUAGGCUUCUGAGGAGCCGCCCACCUCUGCUGUACUCAUCCUCUCUUCUCUAGUGCACCCUCUGGUCUUACCCCUCCACACCUUCCCCCAGAUUCGCCACCACGAGGGAGCCUUGAUUAGGUCACAGACUCAGUCUGCACAGCUGUGAAAUGCAGACACAUCCCCCACUCUAACUGAUAGAGAGCUUGCUGGGGAAAGGAGCAAAGGCAUGUGUCAAACACCUAGUGGGUAUUCAGCAAGUCAUAUACAAUCUUUUCUGCAUCUUUUUUUUUUUUUUUUAAUUAAAAAAAAAAAAAGGUUUACUUUUGAAGACAGGGAGACAGGAUUGGAAGCUGGCUCUGUGCUGACAGCAGUGAACCCGAUGCAGGGCUUGAAGUCACAAACCAUGGGUUCAUGACCUGAGCCGAAGUCAAACGCUCAACCACCUGAGCAAUGUAGGUAGCCCCAAGCUUUUCUGCAUCUUGAACUGAAGUUCCUGGAGCUGUUUCCAACCUAAUCCCUCCUGAUCCCUUGAGCUCAGCCUGUUCCCUGCCCAUCUCCCCACUAGUCUCCUUCCCACCUGUGUGGUUGGCUCCUGCUAUCACUCAUUUACUCCCCCUCCUCAAAUCCACGCCUCCCAAUGCCCAGGUCUGGUCAGUGGCUCCCAUCUGGAUCCUAUGGAAACAACUAUGAUCACCUGCCUUCCCCCAUGUCUUGGCCCGUACAUUGCCCUCUUCCAAACUAAUGUGUUCAUGUUGGGCCCUAUGCUGCCAGGCUGACUCCUCUGCUCUUAACCUAGAGCUGGCUGUGGCUUCCCUGGCUUUCUGGUGCAAGAUGGAUAAAACAAACACAUCUUACUUGGUUCAGAAACCCAAUGAAUCCACAGGGAGGAGAGUCUUCAGAACAUAAACGUACAAAUAGGAGGAUGGAGUAAGAGGUGUCAGGAAAUGGCAUUCUGAAGCUAGAAUCAGAUGGGCAUGGGUGAGCUUUCACUGAUUUAGUGAAAGCCACAUACAAAGUUGGCACUGGGGGAAGUGGAGGGUGGUCCCUUCGGGCUUAUGCUGCAGAACUCCAGAGGACUUGAAGACAGCAGCUCAAGCCCUGAGCCCACUUGGACUAUAUACAUCAUAGAGUUCUUCAUGACCCCUAGACUAUACCUAACAGCUCCCACAAUGACCCAGGUGUCACUUGCAGUAUCUGACCUCUCAUGGCCUUUGUCAUCUCAGUCUUGACACGCACAUGUGCCCCAGCCUACAACACCCAUAAUGGUCAGGUGUGAUUCCUGCCAUGGAGACGGCACAGACCACUUCACUGAGGCUUAAUAUGUGCUAUUCCCCUUUUCCAGGUCUACAGGUCUUAACAUCACUGGGCAGCACCUAAAGCCCCUGACAUGGGUGGAAUGUACUAACCAGAGGUUCAGUGCCCUCAGAUUCCUAUCUGCAUUUAUCCUAAUUCCAAAGAAGCCCUUCCAGUUCUUCAGACAGUGAGGACUACACUUCCCCUAGGCUUUGCCACUCAUGACAACAUCUUUCCCUUGGCCUACAGUUCAUGGUUCCCAUAAUGAUCAAGUAACAUUUAAAGCCCCCAACACAGCAUGCACUACUCUUUUCUGAAACUAGCAAAAGCGUGUACCUGCCUACAGUGCCCAGAGAGCUCUUCUGGCCCCUAAGACACUGGAUUUCAUUUACCAGAGGGCUCUGGACCUGUUCCACAUCCUUUUUGCAGGUGCAUUCUUCCAUGGAUGCUCUUUUUCCAGUUAUUUGCCCACAUUUCUUGGCUUAGCCUGAUGUCCUUGUCAUACUGCCAUGAUAGCACAUGUUACAUCCUACAGACCAUAUACUUAUCUGUUUUGCCUGGGGCUAGCCUCAUCUCUCAACCCUGGAAAGGCUUCAAGGCUGCUGAAUCCUAUCACACUUCUGGCCUUGCCCAGACAGGGCCAUUCCUUGAGGCUUGUCAAGAUCCUUGGUAGGGAAGCAGGGGGAACCCUGAAGUAAGGUCUCUGGAGGACAGUAGGCCCUGAAUUCCUCGCUUGUAUCUCCAUCCACUGUCGGGGAGGAAGAAUUUCCUCUGCACUUCAAGGUCUCUCUGGCUUGUCUAAGAAUCAAAUUGACAAGAGAUAUGUUAACAGGAGAAAAUCUAAUUUGGUAUAUAUACAGUGUGCACACAGCCAUAAAAUUCCAAAGACAGGCAAAAGGAAGCAUAUAUCAUACUAAACAGAGAAAGGUGUAGGGGUCCAUGACUGCAAUAGGAAGAAAUGCAAUUUAAAGGAAAGUGAAAGGGACGCCUGGGUGGCUUAGUCGGUUGAGCGUCUGACUCUUGAUUUUGGCUCAGGUCACAAUUCCAGGGUUCUUGAUCAAGUGCUGCAUUGGGCUCUGCACUGAGAGUGGAGCCUGCUUGAGAUUCUCCUGCCCCUCUCCCCUGCUCUCUCUCUCUCUCUCUCUCAAAAAAAUUUUUAAAAGGAAGAUGAAAAAGUAAAUAUUUGGGGGGUGGGCAUUCAGAAACAGGACACAAGAAUUCGAUUAAAAAGGCCUUCCUUGGUUCCUCCCUGUCAUAAUGUAGUUAUCUGUGUGAUAGCUCUCUUAGAGCAGAUCCUCUAUCAGAUCCUUUUAGACAGUUGUGGGAGAGAUAAAGAACUCCUGAAUCUGC